UGACGAUUUUCUACCGGUAGACCUGGCCAUCCUUGGCGGGUAAAGGUAUAACCACAUAGCAGAACGAAAAGUCUCGCUUUCUUUGUUCAAGGUCUUCCUCGUCUUCCUUCAUCUUUUUCCAGACACCUUCCGUUGCAUCAUUUUAAAGCUCUCUUCAGAACCACAUAGAUGAUGAAGUCGAACCAUCCCUACCAUCAACUCUAAGAUCGCAACAGUAUUUUUUUUUAUGAACCCAAAAGUUUCGAGGUUAGCUAAUAAUCAAUUUGGCUGAACCGAGGGCUAUAGAGCAUACUGAUCAGUCUUCUAUCGCGGCCAGCUUCCUUCCUCUUCUUGAUCAGAUUAAAGGAUUCCAAAUGAGGAAACAUUUGAAAAGCGAGAAUUCAAGUCCAAGACAUGGAAAAUGUAAUAAAAAAUCCGGUUGGUUAGCUGGAAUGCUUCAUGUGCUUGACUUUCACAACUGGAGAACUAAGAACCGUCCAAUCUGUUGGAAGACCCCAAGAACACAUUCCUUAGUGCGUGAAGCUGACGAACAAGAACCGUUUCUUGAUUCUAAAAACGAAGAUUCAAAGAUUCCAAGUGUUGUUGCUGAGAGUCCAACGAGACAACUACAGAAGCUGAUGACAGCAAAGCAAGUAACAGAGUACGUUGACUUUCUUGAAAUCUUGAACAAGGAAGAUGUUUUCGUCAAGAUACUGAAAGAUCCGAACUCGGAGUUUGGGAAGCAAGUUCAGAUCAAGUCUAGUCCAAGAGUUUUGCCCAAGUCAGGCUCGUUUCCCCUCUCUGGCUCUUCACGUCCCGCUAGGAUUGAGCACAAGCAGAAGGAGAAUUGGUAUGCUCCAACGCAGAACGCUGCCGUUUUGACUUUGAAUGUUUCAAGAGACGCUUCUCAGGAACACAAACCAAUCGUACCUUCUCAUGUCUCAGCUGUAAUAAAUGGAUUCAGAGGAAUCAAGAAGUUUAUGAAGAACAGAUUAAAAGACCGAAAGCACAUGAAGAAGAAUAAGAAGAGUUCGCUAGUCUCAAAAGAUGAUUCUGUGGGGAGAUACUCUCUGCUUUUGGAACAGAGUUUUAGAAGAAAAAGUGGUGACUUGCGUUCCAAGAGUUUAAAACUUUCCAACGAAGAGAAACAGAGCGACUUGAGAGAUGAUAAUAAACCACAGUUCUUCAGACGUGUGUCGUCACUGUCCAGCCUUGAAGUUCUUGGUUCAUUUCUGACCGAACUUCCCCGAAACAGUUCUGCAAGGAGAUCUGUAGACCUAGAUACUAACUUGGGACCCAAGAAAUAUCUAUUGCAAUCAGAGACUCUGGUAAGAACAGAGAAGGAAGAAGAAAAAGACGAGGAGCAAGAGGAGAAAAGCCAAGAAACAUUGACUUUACUAUCACCAGGUUUAGGUCUAAGUUCUUUAGAGAGUUACAACCAUGAAGAAGAAGAAAAUGAAGAUGUCUACUUCUGUUACGUAAAGAAGCUUCUAAAAAUUUCAGGCUUCCUUGAAAACGAAGUAAAAUGGUACUCAGAGGAACAACCACUGAAUCCAUCACUGCUCUACAAAGUUGACAUACAAGAUGAAGAAGAAAAGAACAAAGAGCUUCUCUUCGAUUUGGUUAACGAAGCAAUCGCUGAGACUCAGAACCAAUCACACAUCUAUUUCCCUAAGACUUUCUUUUUUGCGUAUCCAAAUGGGAAACGUUUUCUUGAUCAGGUCUGGAGAAGAGUCGAGUGGAGCCUCUUAGGGUUAGGAGCUGAGGAUAGUGAUCGUUCAUUGGAUGAUAUUGUGGGAAGAGAUUUUACAAAGGGUGAUGGAUGGAUGAAUCUUAGAGGUGAAUCUGAAUGGCUGACUCUUGAGCUAGAAGAUCUUAUUUUUGAUGAAGUUCUAGAUGAAAUACUUUGCGUUUAUUAGGGACAGUUUAUUAGUUACUACAAUUUUUUUGAUGGAAUGUUUUAGUUGGAUUUUUGUUCCUUUUUUUUAAUAUACAUGUAUAUAUGUUGACUGAUACAUAUUCGAGAUUUCAUACAGUUUUGCAGUAUAUGAGUAGUGCAAAGUUACUAGGUUUGUAGCCGAAA